UUGGGAAAACUCCCUACUGGUGUCAGCUGAGCAGAUAAUUGAAAGGUUUCUGUCCGACUAGCUGAAACUAGUUGGGAGAACACAAAGGAGGAGAUAAGGAGAGCAGAGAGCACUGCUGGCUAAACUCAAUCCAGAGUAAGGAGGCUGCUGUGAACAGAGGCAACCAAACAGGAUGGAAUUGCGAGCUUUGUGCAUCAUCGUCUUGGUGGCAAUCCUUGCUGUCAGCUCUCAGGCCGUCAAGAACAAGAAAGACAAAGCUAAAAAAGGCGGAUCGGACUGCUCAGAAUGGAAGUGGGGCCCUUGUGUCCCGAACAGCAAGGAUUGUGGUGUGGGAACCCGGGAGGGAACUUGCAAAGAGGAGACAAGCAAACUGAAGUGCAAAAUUCCAUGCAACUGGAAGAAACCAUUUGGAGCUGACUGCAAAUACAAGUUCACUACCUGGGGUGACUGCAACACCGAGACCGGAGUAAAGAGCCGCACUGGAAUGCUGAAGAAGGCCAUGUACAACGCAGAGUGCCAGCAAACCGUUGAUGCUACCAAACCCUGCUCCAUUAAAAACAAGUCCAAAUCCAAAGGCAAAAAGGGGAAGGGGAAGGACUAAAGACUGAGUAGGGUGAAGCAGCAAAAUUUUCCAGCGGGGUCUGAGCCCCAAAGGACAGCAGAGUCAUCAAGUGCCCUCUACAGUCUGUCUUCAACAUGCACUCUUCUGCCCUCUUCCCCCAUUCCCCCCAAGAUUUCUAUUUUUAAUCACUAAUGUCUUUAGGAAGAAAAAAAGAAAACAAAAAGAAAAGAAAAGGAAUGUAAAAAUAAAAGA